GGAAGUGGUGCGGGACCACAUCGAAGGCCUUGCUCAAGUCCAGGGAGAUGACAUCAGUUGCCCCCCUGGAGUCCAUCACUGCCAUCUCUGCAUCACAAAAAGCCACCGCGUGGCUCAGGCACGAUCUGCCCUCGGUGCCGCCCUGCUGGCUGUCCAGGAUCGCUUCUCCAUCCCUCAGCUGCCUCCACAUCUCUUCCAGGAAGAUCUGCUCCAUCACCCCAAAUACACACGAGGUCACCGUGACUUACGCACGAGGCAGGUGUAGCGUGGAAACUUCUCACUCUGAACAGAAGCCAAGCUGAGGACACGACGCGCUCGUUGGAGGGAUUUCCCACCCUGUGUCCUGCGCAGCGCAGACAAAGCAAGGUCUCCUCUCUAAACAGGCGACUCUUGGAUGUGUUCUGGGACAACGCACCCCAAUGGGACACGGCCAACACACUUCUUUCUUAACGUUCUUUAUUGCUGCAGCACAAACCUGGACAGCCACAGCGGUUGGAAGCAGCGCUUGGCCAGGAGUGGACUGCGGCGCCUGCAGUGGCACCGUGCUGAUACACAACAGUCCGUGUGUGGAACUGUCUGGAGACGGGGAGGGGAAGAGAAAGGGAGGGGGAUGGAGAGGGGAAGAAAAGAGAACGGGAGGGGGAGCCCCAAAGGCUCUGUCCUUGCAGUGACUUCGUGCCCCCCGUGCCGCUCCGUUUUGCUCACCCACCUGCUCCUGGUGCUCGCCACGGAGCAGCAGCAAACUUAUAGCAAGUUGUGGCCAUCAGGAGGAGGAGUAUGAGAUGGGAAAAGGCCAUAGCUCCCCACACUCGUCCCAUGCUGUCACCAGCACGGCUGCAGCCACAGCAAGUUGAUGACAUGGCAGGCACAGAGCAGUGCCUGUGACACCACGGGACAGCGUCACAGAGGGGCACUGUGAGCUCAGGGCAGAGGGGCUGACCCCAGCGCUCACGGAACCCCCCACUGCCACUCUCGAGCUGCCACGGCAGAGAGAAUUCCUCCACGGACGCUGACGGUGCUUCCGACACCCGACGCAACUUUAUUUGGAUCAUUGUGCCCCCACCGGCCACUGCUGCGAUGCAGACCACCAUUGGCGGAGCAGUGCCCGUAUCCUUCCAGCCCAUCCCUGCCCCCAAUGUCACCUCCAUGGUGCCUCAGGCCUCUGUCCAGCCGGGGGUACCGGGUGUGCAGGGACAGGGAGCGCAGCUGCCACCUGGGGCGAUGCCUCAAACUGUGCUUCAACUGCCACCUGGGGCAAUGCCCGCAGCAGUGCUUCAGCUGCCACCUGGGGCAAUGCCCCAAACUAUUGUUGAGCUGCCCCUUGGGGCAAUGCCCUAUACUGGGGGUCAGCUCCCACCUCAGGGGGUACCCCAAACUGUGGGCCCACUCCCACCGCAGGGGGUAGCCCCAGUGGUGGGUCCGAUCCCACCUCAGGGGCUGCCCCCCACGCUGGCUCAGCUCCCACCACCUGGGGCAAUGCCCCCAACUGUGCUUCAUCUGCCACCUGGGGCAAUGCCUGACAGUGUGAUUCAGCUCCAAUCUGGGGAGAUGAACACACCUGCAGUUCAGCUGCCACCUGGGGCAAUGCCCCAAACUGUGGGUCCGCUCCCACCUCAGGGGGUAGCCCCAGUGGUGGGUCUGAUCCCACCUCAGGGGCUGCCCCCAACAGUGGGUCAGCUCUCACCUGGGGCAAUGCCCCCAAAUGUGCUUCAGCUGCCAGCUGAGGCAAUGCCCCAAAGUGUGGGCCCGCUCCCACCUCAGGGGGUGCCCCCAACGGUGGGUCAGCUCCCACCUGGGGCAAUGCCCCCACCUGUAGUUCAGGUGCCACCAGGGGCAAAGCCUGAAAAUGUGCUUCAGCUGCCAGCUGGGGCAAUGUCCCCAAAUGUGUAUCAGCUCCCACCUCCGGGGGUACUCCCAACUCUGGGCCCGCUCCCACCUCAAGGGGUACCCGCAACUGUGGGUCAGCUUUCAAUUCAGGGGGUACCCCCAACUGUGGGCCCGCUCCCACCUCAAGAGGUGCCCCCAACUGUGGGCCAACUCCCACCUCAGGAGGUGCCCCCAAUUGUGGUUCAGCUCACACCUGAGGGGCUGUACACAAUUGUGGGUCAUCUCCCACCCGGGGAGAGGCAGUUACCCCUCCUCCAGCUCCUACCCGGCGGGAUGAAGCCGGGUAUGCCUCCCCCCAAUGCCCCUGCCCACUGCUGGCAACAUCCCCGGCUGGCAGGGAAGCGGCAGCGGCAGCGCCAGCAGCCGAUGGGGCUGCGGCCCGGGGCCGUGUGCCGUGGGAAGCCCCCGCAGCCCGCAGGCAGCUGCCCGCUGCAGGCCCCCGGCCGCCCCGGCCCCUCCACGCUCCUCCGAGCACCUGCAGUGCAGCAGCGGGUGCUCCCCGGGCCCUGCACCCUGCCCGCCAGCUGGGAGCAGGCGACGGGGCCCUUUGCAGAUGCCGUGGCGCACACCCAGGAGCAGCGGCACCCAGCGCCCACCAACGUGUGCCCCCAUCCCGCCACGGCUCCGCUCGGCUGCAGCAGCGCAGCGCUGGAAUCAGGAGCAGCGACAAUGAGCUCAGACGUCCCGGAGGACAUCAGCGACAUCCAUUGCCUCCUGACUUGGAUCAACAACGAAGCGAUGAGUCUUCGCGAGGUCCCCCAGCCCAGCAACGACCUGCUGUGGAGGCAGCCCGAGCCGGCCGAGUGCCCAGCGCCCGCCCGCACCACCACAGGGCACGAGCAGCGCACUGGCAGCAUCCAGGCCCCAAAGAGGAAGCUGCCGCAGGGCCGGGAUGCUCCAGAAGCGAAACGCCGGCGCUAGGCGAGGCUGGGUGGGCUCAGCACAAGCGGGAGCGCCCGCAGAAACCGUGCCUGGAGCCCUGGGCUCCUCGCCGGCCCCCGCGGCACACACAGAGCAGCGGCAGUGCUCCAGGGGCACCAGCACCGGCCCCGGCCCUACCCCUCCAAACCUGGGCUGUCCACCACCACCACCGUGCACUGCGACCAUGUGGGACUCCGUUACAUCACCUUACCUUAUGUUCUGUUCUGUUCU